GCAGAAAAUUGAACGCAGCACUCUAACGGGCACAGGGCGUGAAGUCAUUGUCGGCACAGCCUUUCACAGUUUCGGCUUGACUCUCUAUGGCCAAUAUAUUUACUGGACUGACUUGUACACCAAAAAAAUUUACCGAGCUAACAAAUAUGAUGGGUCAGGUCUGAUUGCAAUGACCACAAAUUUUUUUGCCCAGCCUUGGGGUAUCAGCACUGUUGUGAAGAACCAGAAACGGCAAUGUAGCAAUCCUUGUGAUCAGUUUAAUGGGGGCUGCAGCCAUAUCUGUACACCAGGUCCAAAUGGUCCUGAGUGCCAGUGUCCACAAGAGGGCAGAUGGUAUCUGGCCAACAACAAUAAGCACUGCAUUGUGGAUAACGGUGCACGGUGUGAUGCACUGCAGUUCACUUGCUUCAACGGGCGCUGCAUCUCAGAUCAGUGGAAAUGUGACAAUGACAAUGACUGUGGUGAUGACAGUGAUGAGAUGGAAAAUGUCUGUGCAUUUCACACCUGCCCGCCGACAGCCUUUGUCUGUGCCAAUGGGCGAUGUGUCCAGUACAGAUACCGCUGUGAUUUCUACAAUGACUGUGGCGACGGCAGUGAUGAGGCAGGGUGUCUGUUCAGGGACUGUAACACCACCACGGAAUUUACAUGUAGUAACAGAAGGUGCAUACCUCUUGAGUCCGUCUGCAAUGGUGUAGACAACUGCCAUGAUAAUAAUACUUCAGAUGAGAAAAAUUGCCCUGAUCGCACUUGCCAGACUGGAUACACUAAAUGUCAGGAUUCAAAUAUUUGUAUUCCUCGCCUUUACUUGUGUGAUGGAGACAAUGACUGUGGAGAUAUGAGUGAUGAAAAUCCUACUUUUUGCACUAUUCACACAUGCAGCAGCACUGAGUUCAAAUGUGCAUCUGGGCGCUGUAUUCCUCAACGUUGGUAUUGUGAUCAAGAAGAAGAUUGUUCUGAUGGCUCUGACGAACCUGCCUCUUGUGCACACCAUGAACGAACAUGUCCAGGUGAUGAGUUCAAGUGUGAUGGUGGGAGGUGCAUCCCAAGAGAGUGGAUCUGUGAUGGGGAUAAUGACUGUGGGGAUAUGAGUGAUGAGGAUGAAAGGCACCAAUGUGGUAAUUACACCUGCUCAAGUUCUCAGUUUGUCUGUGUAAAUAACAGACCACCAGACAGGAGGUGCAUUCCCCUAAAUUGGGUCUGUGAUGGCGAUGUGGAUUGCACUGAUGGCUACGAUGAGAAUCAGAAUUGCAGUAGGAGAUCUUGCUCCGAAAAUGAAUUCACAUGCAGUUACGGACAGUGUAUCCCUCAAGCAUUCAGGUGUGACCGGCGCAACGACUGUGGUGACUACAGUGAUGAGAGGGACUGCUCAUAUCCAACCUGCCAAGCAAAUCAGUUUACCUGUGAGAAUGGGCGCUGCAUUAGUAAGGCCUUUGUCUGUGAUGAGGAUAAUGACUGUGGAGAUGGAUCUGAUGAGCUGGAACAUCUGUGCCAGACUCCAGAAGCCACAUGUGCCCCCAAUCAUUUCAAGUGUGACAAUGAGCGCUGCAUUGAGUUGGUGAAAGUCUGCAACCACCUAGAUGACUGUUUCGACAACAGUGAUGAGAAAGGCUGUGGCAUUAACGAAUGCCGUGACCCUUCAAUCAGUGGCUGCGAUCACAACUGCACAGACACCUUAACCAGUUACUAUUGUUCCUGCCGUUCUGGUUACAAGCUUAUGUCUGACAAGCGGACUUGUGUUGAUAUUGAUGAAUGCACAGAGACGCCCUUUGUCUGUAGCCAGAAAUGUGAGAAUGAAAUAGGCUCCUACAUCUGUAAGUGUGACUCAGGCUACAUCCGAGAACCUGAUGGAAAGACAUGUCGGCAGAAUAGUAACAUCGAACCCUACCUCAUUUUUAGCAACCGUUACUAUUUGAGAAAUCUAACUGUAGAUGGCUAUUUUUACUCCCUCAUUUUGCAAGGACUCAGCAAUGUUGUGGCACUAGAUUUUGACCGAGUAGAAAAGAGAUUGUACUGGAUUGAUACAGAAAGGAAAGUCAUUGAGAGAAUGUUUCUGAAUAUUACAAACAGGGAGACAAUCAUGAACUACAGAUUACCAGCUGCAGAAAGUUUGGCUGUGGACUGGGUUGCCAGAAAACUCUACUGGUUGGAUGCCCAUCUGGAUGGACUUUUUGUCUCUGACCUCAAUGGUGGAUACCGCCGUACUCUGGCCAUGAACUGCGUGGAUGCCAACAACACCUUCUGCUUUGAUAAUCCCAGAGGAAUUGUCCUUCACCCUCAAUAUGGGUAUGUCUAUUGGGCAGACUGGGCUCACCGCGCCUACAUUGCGAGAGUAGGCAUGGAUGGAACCAAUAAGUCUCUGAUUAUCUCUACCAAGUUAGAGUGGCCCAAUGGCAUCACCAUCGAUUACACCAAUGAUCGACUGUACUGGGCAGAUGCCCACCUGGGCUAUAUCGAGUUCUCUGAUUUGGAGGGCCGCCAUCGACACACCGUGUAUGAUGGGACAUUGCCUCACCCAUUUGCUAUUACCGUUUUUGAAGACACUAUUUAUUGGACAGAUUGGAAUACAAAGUCAGUGGAAAAGGGAAACAAAUAUGAUGGAUCAAAUAGGAUGACACUGGUGAACACAACGCAUAGACCAUUUGACAUCCAUGUGUACCAUCCAUAUAGGCAGCCAUUUGUGACCAAUCCCUGUGGUACCAACAAUGGUGGCUGCUCUCAUCUCUGCCUCAUCCGAUCAGGAGGAAAAGGGUUCACCUGCGAGUGUCCUGAUAACUUCCACACCCUUCAGAUGAGUGGCAGCACAUAUUGCCUACCUAUGUGUUCCAGCACCCAGUUCUUAUGUGCUAACAAUGAAAAGUGUAUUCCUAUCUGGUGGAAAUGUGAUGGACAGAGAGACUGCUCGGAUGGCUCUGAUGAACUGGCCCUCUGCCCGCACCGUUAUUGCCAUCUAGGACAGUUCCAGUGCAAAGAUGGCAACUGCACCAGCCCACAGGGCUUAUGCAAUGCUCGCCAAGAUUGCCCUGAUGGGUCUGAUGAAGACCAUCUUCUUUGUGAGAAUCACAAGUGUGAGUCCAAUGAAUGGCAGUGUGCCAACAAGCGUUGCAUCCCAGAAUCCUGGCAGUGUGACACAGUGAAUGACUGCGAAGAUAACUCUGAUGAAGACAGUGCCCACUGUGCCAGCAGGACCUGCCGGCCCGGCCAGUUUAGGUGUGCCAAUGGCCGCUGCAUUCCUCAGUCCUGGAAAUGUGACGUAGAUAAUGAUUGUGGAGACUACUCAGAUGAACCCGUUGAAGAAUGCAUGAGCUCUGCUCAUCGCUGUGACAACAUUACAGAAUUCAGCUGCAAGACGAAUUACCGCUGCAUCCCCAAGUGGGCCGUGUGCAAUGGUGCCAAUGACUGCAGGGACAACAGUGAUGAGCAAGGCUGUGAGGAGAUGACAUGUAAUCCUCUGGGGGAUUUCCGCUGUAAAAAUCACCACUGCAUCCCUCUUCGCUGGAGAUGUGAUGGGCAAAAUGACUGUGGAGAUAACUCAGAUGAGGAAAACUGUGUUCCCCGGGAGUGUUCAGAGAGCGAGUUUCGAUGUGCCAAUCAGCAAUGCAUUCCCUCCCGAUGGAUCUGUGACCAUUACAACGACUGUGGAGACAACUCAGAUGAGCGGGACUGCGAGAUGAGGACCUGCCAUCCUGAAUAUUUUCAGUGUACGAGUGGACACUGCGUGCCCAACGAAUUGAAAUGUGAUGGAACUGCUGACUGUUCGGAUGCUUCUGAUGAAGCCACUUGUCCCACUCGCUUUCCCAAUGGUGCAUACUGCCAGGCUACUAUGUUCGAAUGUAAAAACCAUGUUUGUAUCCAGUCGUUUUGGAGAUGUGAUGGCGAUGAUGACUGUGGCGAUGGUUCCGAUGAAGAACUUCACCUGUGCGCGAGUAUUCCCUGUGAUUCACCAGACCGUUUCCGAUGUGACAACAAUCGCUGUAUUUAUAGUCAUGAGGUGUGCAACGGUGAAGAUGACUGUGGAGAUGGAACCGAUGAGAGAGAGGAGCACUGUAGAAAACCAACCCUUAGACCUUGCACAGAAAAUGAAUUUAAAUGUGGCAAUGGGCAUUGCAUUUCCCAUGACAGUGUAUGUGAUGAUGCCAAUGAUUGUGGUGACUUUUCUGAUGAAAUGGGUUGCAAUAUAGGAAAAGAAAGAACAUGUGCUGAAAAUAUAUGUGAGCAAAAUUGUACCCAAUUACAUGGAGGAGGAUUUAUUUGCUCCUGUACAACUGGAUUUGAAACCAGUAUUUUUGACAGAAACUCUUGUCUAGACAUCAACGAAUGUGAGCAAUUUGGGAUUUGUCCCCAGCAAUGCAAAAAUACCAAAGGAAGUUAUGAGUGUGUCUGUGCUGAUGGCUUCAGGUCUAUGAGUGACCGCUUUGGAAAACGGUGUGCCGCUGACGGUAACCCUCCUUUGUUGCUACUGCCUGAUAAUGUUCGAAUUCGAAAAUAUAAUCUCUCUUCUGAGAGGUUCUCAGAGUAUCUUCAAGAUGAGGAAUAUAUCCAAGCUGUUGAUUAUGAUUGGGAUCCCGAGGGCAUAGGUCUCAGUGUUGUGUAUUAUUCUGUGCGAGGGGAGGGCUCUCGCUUUGGUGCUAUCAAGCGUGCCUAUAUCCCCAACUUCGAAUCCGGCAGCAAUAAUCCUGUGCAGGAAGUUGACCUGAAACUGAAAUAUGUAAUGCAGCCAGAUGGAUUAGUAGUGGAUUGGGUCGGAAGGCAUAUUUACUGGUCAGAUGCCAAGAAUCAACGAAUCGAAGUGGCUAAACUUGAUGGAAGGUACAGAAAGUGGCUGAUUUCCUCUGAUCUGGAUCAACCAGCUGCGCUGGUUGUGAAUCCCAAACUAGGGCAUAUGUACUGGACGGACUGGGGAAAAGAACCUAAAAUCGAGUCUGCCUGGAUGAAUGGGGAACACCGCAACAUCCUGGUGUAUGAGAACCUGGGUUGGCCAACUGGCCUUUCUAUCGAUUAUUUAAACAAUGACCGGAUCUACUGGAGUGACUUCAAGGAGGAUGUUAUUGAAAGUAUAAAACAUGAUGGGACUGAUAGGAGAGUCAUUGCACUAGAAGCAAUGGGUCCUUACAGUCUGGACAUCUUUGAAAACCAGAUAUACUGGAUAUCCAAGGAAAAGGGAGAAGUGUGGAAACAAGAUAAAUUUGGGAAAGGAAACAAAGAGAAAAAACUGGUAGUGAAUCCCUGGCUCACUCAAGUUCGAAUCUUUCAUCAACUCAGAUACAAUCAUUCAGUGCCCAACCCUUGUAAACAGGUCUGCAGCCACCUCUGCCUACUGAGACCUGGAGGAUACAGCUGUGCUUGUCCCCAAGGCACCAAAUUUAUAGAGGGGAGCACCACUCAGUGUGAUGCAGCCAUCGAACUUCCCAACACCAUGCCCGCCCCAUGCAGGUGUAUGUAUGGAGGAAGCUGUUAUUUUGAUGAGAAUGAACUCCCCAAAUGCAAGUGUCCUAGUGACUAUACUGGAAAAUACUGUGAAAUAGCGUUUUCAAAAGGCAUGCCUCCAGGGACAACGGUAGUAGCUGCGCUCUUGACAAUCCUCUUGAUCAUCAUAAUUGGGGCUCUGGCAAUUGUUGCAUUUUUCCACUACAGGAGGACGGGCUCCCUUUUGCCUGCCCUGCCCAAGCUGCCAAGCUUAAGCAGUCUUGUUAAGCCCUCUGAAAAUGGAAACGGGGUGACCUUCAGAUCAGGGGCAGAUGUUAACAUGGAUGUUGGAGUAUCUGGUUUUGGGCCUGAGUCUGAUAUUGACAGAUCAAUGGCAAUGAGUGAACACUUUGUCAUGGAGAUGGGGAAGCCGCCCAUAAUAUUUGAAAACCCAAUGUAUGCUGCCAGAGACAGUUCUGUUAAAGUGGUUCAGCCACCCCAGGUGUCUGUAUCUGAAAAUGUGGAAAAUAAGAAUUAUGGAAGUCCCAUAAACCCAGCUGAGAUAGUUCCAGAGACAAAGCCAACUUCCCAGGGUGCUGAUGGAACUCAGGUGACAAAAUGGAAUAUCUUCAAACGAAAACCGAAACAAACUACCAACUUUGAAAAUCCAAUCUAUGCAGAGAUGGAGAACGAACCAAAGGAAAGUGUUGCUGCGGCCUCACCUCCAUCACCUUCUCUCUCUGCUCAAACUCCUCCGAAAAAAGACCCAACUCCAACCUAUUCUCCAACAGAAGACACUUUUAAAGAUACUGCCAAUCUCGUAAAAGCAGACUCAGAGGUAUAGCUAUACCAGAUACUUAGGGAAUAAUUAGAAACACACUUUUGCACAUAUAUUUUUUACAAACGGAUGAAGAAAAGUUAACAUUCAGUACUUUAUUAAAAAAUAUAUUUUUCCUUGUCUGCCUGUAGUUGGAAGUGUCUUAUGUGUCUUUUUUUACUUAUGCCAUCUCCUAUUUUUACAAAUAAUGAUCACGAUGUACUAUAUGUAUAUCUUUGCACUGAAGCUGUCUGAAGGUAAUACUAUAAAUAUAUUGUACAUUUGUAAAUUUUGGAAAGAUUAUCCUAUUACUGAAUUUGCUAAUAAAAGUGUCUGCUGAA